CACAGCUUCGAGAAGCAUAGGUCGAAGGCAUAUUCAAUUCACGCACACUGAAGCACCUUAAGAACGAGAGGAGCGGUAAACGCCAUGUCGCAUUCUUCAGUCGGCACCGGCCUUUCUUCAGCAUAUCGUCAUGGUUACAUUGUAGACGGCCUCCAUUGCGCACGGCGUCCGGUUGUGGGCUUUGGCACAAGUGCCUAUCUCAGGCGGAGUCGCUUCAUUGGCGUGACACCAUUCGCGCAAUGGACCCCAGCUCUCUCGCCGGCUCAAAACCGAACCAGUACAGCGCCCCCACCUCCAUUGCCGCCAUCGCUUGAAAGGGCAGGAGACUUGCCAGACCGGCUGCUCGAAGAUUAUCUCAAUGUGUGGUCUUCUCAAUACACCGAGUACGACUACUACGUACCUCCAGAGGCAGUGUACGGCAGCCUACCUGAGGACCUGAAAGGCACACUGUUCCUUGUUGGGCCAGGGCUCACAGAGGUGUACGGCACCACUGUACGGCACCCAUCUGACGCGGAUGGCAUGGUCUGCAGCCUGGCAUUUGGCGGCGAGGGCGGGCGAAUCUUCUUCCGCAACCGCUACGUCCGCACUCCUUCCUUUGUCGCAGAGCAGGCACUGGGACGUCGGAUUACCCGCGGCAUUCACGACCGUGGUGCCCCCACACCCGUGGACCACUCAGCCCCAACACAAUCACCUCAGCAACAGCAGCAGCAGCAGCAACGACAGCAUCCACACCAGCGGCAGCCGUCGCAGGGCGUGGACCGCAUGAGGUCGCCGUCAUUGGGCCAAGGGCAGGGGUACGGCAAGGCGGGUUCGACCCAUGUUAACAGCGAGCUGUGGGAAGGGGAGGAAGGGGCGGAGGAGCGGCGCUAUAGGGAGAGAGCCUCGUCAGCAGCAGUAACAGGUGGUGUUGCUGGCUUGGCGGCGCGGGCGCAGUCAGCGUCAUCAUCUUCAGCUGCUGCCUCCGGCCCCUCGGCAUCACGUGCCUGGCCCCUCAGGUCGAUGCUGGACCCGCUAGCGAUGCUAGGACUGCCGCCACUGCCGCCGCUGUCCGCUCUCUUCAACCCCCUGGACACAAGCUUUCGGGCGCCGGCCAACGCGAACGUGGUGUAUUGGGCUGGGCGUCUGCUGGCGUUUACAGAGGGCGGAUCUCUUCCGUACGAGCUGCACAAGCUGUCGUUGGAAACGGUUGGGCCGUACAAUGCUGCGGGAGCAAUGGCGGACAUUGGGCGCAUUGUCGCUGGCUACAAGAUUGCUCCGGCGCCCCCGCCUCCGACCUCCUCCACCCACACCUCCACCACUGCAAGGCAACGACAGCCCCAACAACGGUUGGUGUUGAUGGGAGCAGCGCAGAGCGGCCCCGACGUGCUCCUGCGUUGGGUGGAGUUGGGAGAGGACGGGACGCCGGCUGCUGCUGCUGCGCCGGCGGCGGCGGGGCCUGCGGGGUCGCCUGCCGCUACUGCUACCACCAGCAGCACCACCAGCACCAGCUACCGGCUGCCCGGGGCCGCUGCGCAAGGCAUCCUGGACUUCUGGGUGACAGAGCGGCAUUACGUUGUGGUGCAGGCUCCCUUGGACUUCAACCCACAGCGCUUCGCCACUCGAGCCACCUUGGGUACCGCCUCCUUCGUCGAGUGCUUCGAUUGGGACCCUAGCCGCCCCUCCCGCGUACACCUCGUGCCCAGGGCCCAGGCCCCGCCAACCGCCACGUCGUCCAUAACGGUCUCAACGGCCACGUCAAGGGGACCAGCGGGAGCUUCGCCAUCAACAGCAGCAACAUCUGCUCGGAAAGGCGAGGGCAGCAGCGGCAGUAGCAGCAUGGCGUCCAGCAGCACUUCUGGACGCAAGGGGACCGAGAUUGUGUGGCCAUCCAAGGGGCCCGAGGCCAUAGUCAUCGACGUUCCGCCGCUGCUGCUGACCUCGUCCGUGGAUAGCUACAGCUUGGGACAAGACGGAGAUGUGCUGAUCCUUGACGGGAUCUGCCAGCAGGGCCUAACAGGUUCGCUUGGCGGCACAUUGGACAGUCGCAAUGUUGGGGACCACAGGCACCAGCCCAAGCCUGAGCUCACACGGAUUGUACUAGACCUCAGCUCCCGCACCGCCACCGCCAGGGUCCUCUCCCAGCGUACUGCCUUCGCUGCAGCCACCCCCACAGCAGCAGCAAUUGCUGCGGUCAUCAGCUCUUCCACGACGGGUACGACAGCCGCUGUCACCGUGCCUGCUUCCGGCAGCAGCAGCGACGGCGUCGUUGGCGGCAGCAGCAGCAGUGGCAAUCGCUACAUCUACGCCGCAACCAGCGCAACUGAUGCUGCGGACGGCUGGGCGCCGCCGCAGGCGAUUGUAAAGCUGUCGAUACCGACAUCGUACGGCAUCCCGGCAGGGAAAGCAGCAGUUGCAACAACUGGCGGCGGCAUGCUUCGAGGCAUUUCAGCGGAGUGCUUGGCUCGGCGACGCGGUGUCGGGUCGGAGGUGUGGGCUCCCGGGGACCGUGUGUUUGUGGGGCCUCCCGUGUUUGUACCCAAGCAGCAGCAGCAGUGUAAGGGGCGACGCGCUGUGCAUGCGGCUGCGGCUACAAAGGCGCCUUCUGC